GCGAUAAACACCUGGAAACGACAGCAUAUUGUGUAGUGAACACGAUCCGCGCCACAAAAAAACAACUGCAGCGAGAGCACUGCUGCACUGCCCCCCUUCAGUCAGCCAGUCAGCCAUGGCGGAUGAAGUGCAACGAGCAGUGGGGGAGAAGGAGAUGACGCCGCAACAUGGUGGAGUGGAGGGCGGGGAAGAGGAGACAGGCAUGCCACAGGAUGCUGUUCAAGCUACAGCAGUGACAGCUCAGGCAGAAGAAGCAGAAGAGGAGGAAGACGAGGAGGAAGAAGAGGAGGAGGCAGUGCAAGCCAUCGCCGUGUCGUCAUUCACUGCUGUGAGCGGCACGUCAGGGGCAGGCAGCAGACAGGAGGACACGCCAGGUACAUCCACAACGAUUGCACUGGCAUCCACAGCGACAUCCGCGUCUGCAAUCACGGACCCAGCGGAGUCUGGAUCCACUGCCACAUCCGCGACAGCAACAACAGCGUCGCUGCCGGCAAGAGGGGCGAGGAGCGCCUUUACCAUGAGGGUUGGUGACGGUGCGCGAAAUGACAGUGGUGAUGAUGGUGGUAAUGAUGAUGAUGAUGGCGACAGUGGUGGAGGUCAUGGCAGUGGUGGUGACCACGGAGUCGGCGGCAGGGAUGAUGAUGAUGACGACGACGAUGCCGAUGAUGAUGAUGAUGAUGACGAGGAGGAGCAUGCAGAGGCCAUUGCGCGUGCAAUAGCAACGCUGAAGCAGGGCUGGAUUAAUGAAAAGCUGGCGCCGGUGCUGCUGCCAUAUGAGCAUAACGCAGUCCAGACGGCGAUAUACGAAAUGAAUGAACAGGAUGAGGCAUCGAGGGCGCAGACGUUUGAGGACACGGAUGACAAGUUCAUCUUUGAACUGUAUCAGCUUGAGCUUGAGCGAAUUCGCUUCAUCGUCUCCUCCUACCUCCGCAUCAGGCUCGUAAAGAUUGAGCGGUAUGCGCACCAUCUCGUGUCGUCGCCUGAACACAUGGCCACACUCAGCCCGCGCGAGCAGGAAUACGUCAAUGACUACGUAAAACUGCUUGACGACCACUUUACGCAAUCGUUUCUCAAGGACAUCCCCGAGGGCGUGCGACCAGACAGAGAGGGCCAGCGAGUGACGACACCAAAUGUGUCUGCGUAUGUGUUCUGCCGGUUCGCUGCGGACGUCGGACAAAUCAACGCAGGCGAUGACCUCAUCCCGAGCAACAUCGAUACACACGAGGGCGACAUUUAUCUCCUGCGCUUUGAAACGAUUCAGAAUCUCGUCGAGUCAGGGCAGGUCCACCUCAUCUGACACUCUUGUGUACAUGUGUGUGUGCGUGUGUGUGUGUGCGUGCGUGCGUGUUUGUGUGUUUGUGUGUGUGUGUGUGUGUGGGUGUGUGUGUGUGUGUGUGUGUGU